UAUAAAUGGAAAAAUUAUUGGUAUAGCAAAAUUAAAGUAUUUCUAAUACUUUCAUUAAAGGUUUGUCGGUUUGAGUCCGUCGCAAUGAAUUGUGGGAGGUGCUGGAUUGUCCUGCUGGUGCUCGGAUUAUCACUGACACCCUGCAAAGGUGUGACGUACUACUGCCCAAAUGCUUACGACUACACUCGCCAUGAUCCCUAUGCCGACGGAAUUCGAGUCAACACAAGGACGUCCUUGACCUUCCAGGUCAAAGGUAGAAACGAUGCGCACGUGUUGCUACAGAACGACCGUAACAAUUACAGAACCAAUGUUAUUGAAAUUGUUAUUGGUGGGUGGGGUAACAGCCAAUCUGUGAUCAGAAAUAGUCAGCAAGGAACUAACAGAGUGAGCUAUUCGGGUUCAGUCCUAAGCUCAAGCUCUUAUCGUUGGUUCUGGAUCUCGUGGGGCGGCGGAUGUGUACAGGUUGGAAAGGGCAGCUCAAUAGGUUCAAGCAGAAUUAUGAACUGGUGCAGUUCGAUCCCCACUAUGAAUGGUGUACGUUUCAGCUUCGGAUUCGGCAGCGAUGGAUACUUUCUUUUUGAGAGGGCUGUAAAUGGUGGCUGGUCUAACUGGGGUAGCUAUUCUAGUUGCCCUGUCACGUGUGGAACUGGGUCGGUUACAAGGUCAAGGUCAUGUAACAAUCCAACGCCAGCUCAUGGAGGAACAACCUGCUCUGGAAGUGCUACUGAAACUGGCACGUGUACGAAAUCUGCAUGUCCAAAAACAUGUGCUGAAGUAUACUCGAGUGCGAGUUCACCCCCGUCAAGCGGCACUUAUACACUUGCUAACGCUCAAGGACAAUCAUUUAGAGUUUACUGCCUAUUCAAAAGCGGUUAUGGCUACGCUUUUAUUUCAAACACUAUAAAUGUGGACCCAAACCUAGCCCAGCUGUUUACCCAGAAGACCGAGGUUCUUAUCAGACACAAACGCACGAAUGGACAGCAAUAUGACGCCACAGCGGCACAAAUCACCCGCUACUCGAGCAAGAAUCUCGGCGUCUUGUACAAUUCAUAUUCAGGGUAUAAUCAAAUGCAGAAUGGUCACAUGACCCCGUAUCUGUACGUCGGUUUCGUACCCAAGUCCGGAGUCAGUCAUUACCAUGAUACCCAAGGAUGGAGAGUCCAAGGUAGAGAUUAUACAUUUCAGAACUGUGACGGCAACCCUAACAGUUACUUUACACUGUUGUAUAACAGUCAGAGAAAAGCCUAUGGAAGUUAUACGCACGGGAAAACAGAUUUAUUGCAUGUGUGGUACGAUUAUGCGACCGCUACUAGCACGGCAGACUACAUUCCUGAUGAAUAUUUCGCUAGCCAAUUUGAGAUUCAUUUCGGUGGUUGUGGUGGCUAUCAAACCUCGACCAGCUUUUCCGGUGUGGCCGGCGCCUCCAUUGGUCUGAAAUUCAUACUGUCGUGUGGAACACCGGCGACAAUUACUUCCGGUUCACGUUCUCUUACCGGAACAAAUCCUGGAGAUACCGUCACGUACAGCUGCAAUGCCGGGUACACAAUUACAAGCGGAAGUGCCUCUCGGACAUGCAGUGGUGGUGUUUGGAGUGGGAGUCAGCCGACUUGUGGAGAUAUCAAUGAAUGCGCAAGUAACCCGUGCAAAAAUGGUGCGCAGUGUGUAAACGGUCAGAAUAGUUUCACGUGCAACUGUGCUUCCGGUUGGACUGGUACUACGUGUACAGCAGAUGUAAAUGAAUGUGCAAGUAACCCGUGCAAGAAUGGUGCUGCAUGUGUGAAUGGAGCAAAUAGAUACACGUGUACAUGUACUGCAGGAUGGUCGGGAACAAAUUGUGACACUGAUGUGAAUGAAUGCGCGAGUAAUCCAUGCAAAAAUGGCGCGCAAUGUACGAACGGGCGGAAUCAGUUCACGUGCACGUGCGCUUCCGGUUGGACAGGAACAACAUGUACAACAGAUGUCAAUGAAUGUGCGAGUAGCCCUUGCAAGAAUGGAGCCACAUGCAACAAUCUUCAAAAUCGAUACACAUGCACGUGUACUGGCGGAUGGCAAGGAACCAAUUGUGACCAAGACGUAAACGAAUGUGCGAGCAACCCAUGCAAGAAUGGUGCCACGUGCACUAACGGAAGAAAUAUGUACACGUGCACGUGCGCUGCCGGCUGGCAGGGAACUAAUUGUGACCAAGACAUCGAUGAAUGCGCGAGUAACCCAUGUCAAAACGGAGCCACGUGUCACAAUCAGCAAAACCAAUACACGUGCGAGUGCGCAGGAGGUUGGACUGGAACACACUGUGAUCAAGAUAUCGAUGAAUGCGCGAGCGACCCGUGCAAAAACGGUGCUGCGUGUACAAAUGGUCAGAAUCGAUUCACGUGUACAUGUACUGGAGGAUGGACAGGCACUGACUGCAACACAGAUGUAAAUGAAUGCGCGAGUAACCCGUGCAAAAAUGGUGCCACUUGUCACAAUGGACGGAAUGAAUACUCCUGUACGUGCACGGGUGGUUGGCAAGGAUACAACUGUGAUGAAGAUAUAAAUGAAUGCUUGAGCGACCCGUGCAAAAAUGGAGCCACGUGUAACAACUUACAGAACAUGUACACGUGCACAUGUACAGGAGGUUGGCAAGGCACUGAUUGCGACGUCGACAUAGACGAAUGCGCGAGCAAUCCAUGCCAGAAUGGAGCUACGUGUCUAAAUAACCAGAACAACUACGAGUGCGAAUGUGUGCCUGGAUGGCAAGGUGUUAACUGUGACACGGACAUUGACGAAUGUGCGAGCAACCCGUGCCAUAAUGGUGCCGCGUGUAACAAUUUGUUGAAUGAGUACACGUGCGAUUGUACCCCUGGUUGGCAAGGGUAUGACUGUGACCAAGAUAUUGACGAAUGCCUCAGUAGCCCAUGCAUUAACGGCACGUGCACAAAUUUACACAAUGCAUACAGAUGCACGUGUUUCCCCCAAUAUACCGCCAGAAACUGUGACUACUUGAUCGGCUCUCCUAUGGACGGCCAGUGGGGACAGUGGGAGGCCUGGCAGGGAUGUUCAGUGACGUGUGGCACAGGAAGACAGCGCCGGUAUCGAGCCUGCGAUGACCCUCCACCAGAUUAUGGUGGCCAACCUUGUGUCGGGGACUCUUUUGAUGAAAAUGUUUGUUCAGGAGCCGGUUCAUGUCCAGUACCAGUUGAUGGAAACUGGGGUGCAUGGUCAGUUGCUGCCCCGUGCAGUGUUACAUGCGGAACCGGACAUUCGGUCAGAACGAGGAACUGUGAUAACCCUGCUCAAUUAUGGGAGAGUGUGCACUGGGGAUGUCUGGUAGUUGACACAGUGUUCCAGUGGGCAUGUCCGGCGUCGGGUCGUAAUGAACUGGGUCUGUUUCAACUGGGAGCUAAUUACGAUGAGUGA